AUGGGUAGCAUAUUACAGAUUAACGCGCAAGCACAACUUCCCACAGGGUUAGAUGUCGUCUUCUGGCCCUGCACCUGGGGUUUAAUCAUGAGUGCUUACGCUCUGCGGCUGUCUCCCCGGUCACUUGCGAUUCAGCUCGCUGCGUACUUUGUUGGUGCGACACUUCGACAUAGUGCCGCCUGUAUCUGGAACGACAUGUGCGACAUUGAGAUUGACCGGAAAGUUGGUAGGACGAAAGGUCGCCCAUUGGCCGCGGGAGAAGCAUCGCUUGGCGGUGCGGCCAUUUUACUCGCCGCCCAUUUCAUCGCGUGUCUCGUCAUUCUCUCGUAUGCCGGAGACGCAGCUUUCAAGUGGGGGCUGUUCUGCCUCUGUUUUCUGGAUCCCCUGUACCCUCUCAUGAAGCGAUGGACUGAUUGGCCUCAGCUCUGGCUCGGAUUCGCCAUGACGUGGGGCUUACCUGUUUCAUGGGUGUCAAAUUUCGGCGAGAUGAACUGGUAUAUCGUACCUGUUCUACUCGGAGGCGGUGUCUGCUGGACCAUCCACUAUGACACUAUCUACGCUUGUCAAGAUCGUCGCGACGACAUCAAAGCCGGUGUUCGGUCUACCGCAGUCCUGUUCGGAGAUUGGACCCGCCUCAUCCUCGCUUGCUUCUCCGCUUGCUUCGUUAUAUGCCUCGCAUUGGCUGCGGCAUCAAUCAUCAAGCCGCUCUUCUUCAUCACUGUGGCAGGUACCGCAUUCCACCUGGCUUGGCAACUUAUUGUCGUCGACCUGGACGAUAGCUCCGAUUGUCACAGAAUCUUCAAGGCAAAUGGCCAACUCGGUCUUCUCCUUUUUGCUGGAUGCUAUGCGACUAUGCCAUUGGUACUACGAGAUAGAAAGGCAUAA